CAGUCUACUCUGUGCCGGCGAUGUUGGUCGACAGCCCUCAGUCCCUCGGUCCCAACGUCUCCCAGGAGCACCACCUCGCCUCCUACUGCUCGUCGGUGUCUUCGAUGGGACGAGGCGAGAUCCACGCUAUCAAGAGAGGCCUGCUCUGGGAACAGAGGGAACGGCUCUUCUCCAGGUGGAAGGAGAGGUACUUCAUCCUCACCAAGGAUUACCUCCACUGCUUCAAGAGGGCCACCAACAACAUAUCGCCCAUGGGACAGUUCAUUUUCAAGGUUAAAUUGGUCGAUGUUGAAAAAGUAGAAUGGGUAAAUAAGAAAUCAUACUCGGCCAUUGGUAUCACACUGGUUGGUAGAGAGAGUAGGAUAUUACUUCGAGGAAGCCUUGGCUUGGAUGACUGGUUUCAUCUUUUAGAGGAAUGUACCCUUGGAAGUAAGGAAAGGAGAAGAGCCUUGAGAAAGCUUCACGAACCCAAGUGGGAUGCGAAUGACGAUGUUACUUCUUAUAAAUCUGGGGACUGGUUUGAAACGCCUGAUAUAUGUGGAGAUGAAGCUUCAAUUGUGAGUGCUGAAGUUAAGAGGAGAUCAAGGUGUGGUUCAGAAUUCGAUCCCUGGCCAAGACCUUUUCGACAUGAAAAUAGACUUUCUUUGCUGACUGAUAUUGAUAUAAACAGUUGGGGUUCAGCAGCACCUUCAGCUCCUUCAACAUUUAGAGGACGACCUUACAGAUUAAACCCUGAUGUAUUUUUCUUGCCACAUGGUGACACUGGUACAAUGAAUAGUAGCAGAUCAGUGAUGAGUUCAGCUGCUUCAUUUAGGGGACCUUUAUUACAGCCUCAAGGAGGGAAUCUUAAAUAUCGUGAGAGAUCUCAAAGUGAUGCACUGCACAAAAUACGUCCACCUGAUAUAGAAAAUAAGCGUGGAAGUUAUUUGUCAUCUGCUGUUCAAAACUUGUAGUAUAAAAACCAUAAUUUCUAGAUGUGAUAUUCUAAGUCAUCCUUGUUACCAAAGAAUGACCAUUUUGCUUUUUUUCUUUUUUUAAUUAAUGAUAAACCUUGUAUAUAUAUUUACGAAUGUGUAUUUUGAUUGAUUAUUGUACCAUAUAAUUUAUAUUGUUAAAAUAAAUUAUUGCAAAAGUUGCUAUCACUGUCAAUAUUUUAUCUUUGCUAAUCCUGACACAAAGACAUUUGAAUGAAAUUGAUAGAUCAGAAAAGUUCUAUAAACAUUUUUGAUUAUUGCCUAAAGUAAUUGUAAUACUGAUUUAAAUGUCAUAUAUUGCCUAAUGUUUUGUAAAUAUGCGAAGGAUGACAAUGAAUAUUAGUAUGAGUUGCCUUUAUAAUGAAAUUUAUUAAUGAUUAUGACCUUAUAUUGUGUAGUCAUUAAAAGCUCAACUGAAAAAAAAAAAAUCUAAGAUUUGUAUCAUUUGAUAAGGUCCAUCCGUCAAAGGGCUAUAUAUAUUGUUUACCCUAGUCAGAUUAUUUUUAAAAGGCAAUGAAAAAAAAAUGAAUUUAUAUUAAACUUGCAUUUAACAAUAAAAUCAUUAUUUUAAUUUUUCAUGCCAUUGGCUAAAUGCUAAAUCAUAAUAGGUUUAAUAAACUUGCUUAGAAUGUUUUUUAAGCUGUUAUAUAACAAUUGAGAACAUCAUUAGUAAUGUUAUUUAGUUUAAGGAAAUCGGCAGCAUUUUGUUGACUUAUGAGCGAUUGGUCUAUGAUAAUGAUGUUAAUAUAACUUAAAUAGCAUAAGCUAAAUGUAAAAAUUGUAAUUGAACUAUUAAUGAUGAAUUGUACUAAUGAAAGUGUUAUUAUCUAGCUUAAAAUAGUAGAUAUACUCAUCUUUUCAAUCAAUGAUUUUAAAUGUAGAAUUUAUUUUUAUAUUGUUAAAAUGAGCAGUUUUUGAAAGGCCAUUAUGAAUGCUUCUUAUUUAGAAUUUAAUGUAAAAAGAAGAUAUAUUUAAGUAUAAUUAUACGAGUAAAUAUGAUAAAAUAAAGAUUAUGAAAGUCAGUUAUUUUUUAACUAUUU